AUGGUUCCCGUUACGCCAGACGCGACCAGGCGCUAUGAGCCAAAGGCUGCACCCGACGUUGUUAACAAAAAACCCAUUCCAAGACUAACUCGGACAUUCCAAAGUGAAAUGCCCUCCACGGGUCAUGGAUGGAGUCUUUUCAGACAUCCCGAAGGCGCGUGCUAUUUCUACCACAAAGGCAAGAACGUGUUUACCGAUUCCGACGUGAAUAAUACCGGAAUUCGAGAAGAAAUUACCGCUGCGCUGGACUCCAUCGAACGAUAUGUCAGAAACCAGCAUAUCCUUCUCCCAGAAGGAGCACCGCUGGUCAUUGAUCUAGACCUCCAGUUGGACUCCGAAGAACCCGAAAGCAUUUUUUACUAUUAUUAUGUGGAUCAUGAAGCAAAAGCGAUCUUUUUCCUUCAUCCAUUUGACACUUCAAGUCUACCGGCAUUCGAAGAAGCCCCGCGAAGUACUACUGAACUCCACCGCGGGAACGAGAUUGAAGCUCAGUACUGGUACUUCGUACAGUUGUUCCCAACAUCUACAAAACUAUCAGAAGAAUUUCUUUCCAAACUGGCUGAUACUUGUAUCUAUUGGCUUGCAGAUGUCUCGACAUCGCCCACUUCAACGACACCAUACACGCCACGGGCCAUGAGCGAAAUUCUGCAAUUGGUGGGCCCGAUGGAAAAAAUGAAAAAUUCAAUCUGUCCUGGAUCUAUGGCAGCGCUGGCACGUCACAUGUAUAUGUUCGCCCAUACGCGAUUUAUUCACUAUCACGGAGAGCCCCAUGCGCGGCUGGAUAGGACUGCCACUGUCCACUGUACAAUGCUGUACCAAAGGACAUGGCUGAUCAGGAUAAUCUCUCCAUUCCUCUUCUUCGGCCCCGACUUUCACCUCAGGCUUUUGCAGGAUGCAUGGGUCGAUAAAAUAAUACAUGCGGACGUCUGGGUCAAGAUCACUGCGAAGAUGCAGAAAGAAUGGAUCGGACUCAUCGCCUAUAGUGCCCUCAUGCUAGCAUGUGGAGUCUCCUUCUUAACCAUCCCAGGGGUUGUCCCAGAUGGCGGUGAUGGGCCCGGUCGUACAAUGUCCCAGAUUGUGCGACUCUUUUCCUACUUGUCGACAAUCUCGAGCUUCACAAGCACAAUCCUGGGCUGUCUCUUGCAUAGGCACCAUCAAACGAGCGUCAGCGAUGCCGCCCCGGAGGCGCAACAAUACCUCAAUGAUCAAGAGAACAAGUACGUAGGAUUGGAGCUGUUGGCUAUACAGCACAGUUUGCCUCACGCCUUUUUGAUGUGGAGUGUCAUAUUCUUCCUGGCGGCGUUCUCCGCAUUUUGCUUCUCAAGCAAAGAGAUUGCCUCCAUCACGGCCGUCGCGUUAUAG